AUGGCUUAUCCAUCAGAGCAUUAUGGGUUGAGUAGUAAUGGCGCUUUAAGGGUGGUUUUGAUGCUGGUGGCUAUGUUCUUUGUUGUCUACAUUGUUGGACCUGGAUUGUUUUCGAAGGGUAGUUCAAAUGAUGCCCAAACUUCAUGCUCUUGUGAUUGUGAUUGCUCUGAAGCGGAGUUGUCAUGGACAUCAGGUGAAGAGAAUUUAUCAACAACUCAUACCCAGCAUGUUGUUAAACAACCUCAUGUGGAAACUUUGAAAUUGGAAACGUUUGCUGCCCUAGUUCCUCUAUGGGUCAUAAAACAUAUUGCAGGAAGAGAAUGUGGCAAACACGAUCCAGAAAUAAGUGAAGAAAUGCAGAAGGGUGUUGCUGAUUUAAUAUCCGAGGAGAUUGAUUUACAAAGAAGAGUAGCUAAUGAAACAUUGGAGCAGAGCAGGAAAUUGGUAAUUACUGCUAGGAUAACUUCUUCACAUUACCAAAUCGAAGCACAAAAAUGUAGUGCACACACAGAAACUUGUGAAGCAGGAAGGGAAAGAGCCGAAGCAGGAUUGGUAGAGGAGCGUAAACUUACAGCAUUGUGGGAGCAACGAGCUCUAGAACUGGGAUGGAGAGAAAAUAUAACUUGUGCAGAUAAUAACACUAUUAAUAGUCAAAUAAAAAAAGACAAGUCUGAUGUGAGGAGUGCCCCUUUAAGAUCACCUAAAAAGGAAACUUAA